ACUCGGUGGACGCGAAUAAAGACAAACAGCAUCAGUUUCAAAAACCUCAUCAUUUCAUAAACGAAGAUGAAAACACCACCGUUUUACAGACUGAAAAGAAUUUCACACAAAAACAAACUGGAAUAACUGGAGUCAAACGAUCUUUCAGCUGCUCCGAGUGUGGAAAGAGUUUCAUGCACAAACGUUACUUGACUAUGCACUUGAAAAUUCACAUUGAAGAAAAACCCUUCACAUGCACUCAGUGCGGAAAGAGUUACAUAUAUAAAUCAAAACUCAAAAUACACACGAGAGUUCACACUGGAGAGAGGCCUUAUACAUGCACUCAGUGUGGAAAGAGUUUCAUCGAUAAAGCAUACCUAAAUGUGCACAUGAGAAUUCACACUGGAGAAAAACCAUUCACAUGCACUCAGUGUGGAAAGAGUUUUGUUGAUAAAGGAUACCUAAAUGUGCACAUGAGAAUUCACACUGGAGAAAAACCCUUCACAUGCACACAGUGUGGAAAGAGUUUUGUAUCCAAAAAGUUUCCGAGAAAACAUCAGCUCUCUCACACUGGAGUGAAAUCAUUCAGCUGUGAUCAGUGUGAUAAAACAUUUGCUUCUGCGUGGAGCUUAAGACAACAUCUUAAUAGUCAUGCUGGUGUGAAGCCUCACGUUUGCUCUUUUUGUGGAAAGAGUUUUACACUACUAACAACUUUACAAGGGCACCAGAGCAUUCACACUGGAGUGAGACCGCAUAUGUGCUUUGACUGUGGAAAGACCUUUCUUACAUGUAGCAGUUUAAAAAAACACCAGAGGAUUCACACGGGAGAGAAACCGUACAAGUGCUCACACUGUGGAAAGAGUUUCACUCGCUCAGAAGGCUUGAAAAUUCACGAGAGAGUUCAUACUGGAGAGAAGCCCUACCAGUGCUCUUCAUGUGGGAAGAGUUUCACCACAUCAUCUAAUCUACGGACUCACAAGACAAAGCAUUGCCCAAAGUUGUCUAAGUGAGCAAAGUUCAUGUUCAUAUCCAGCACUUACAAGCAGUGGCAGCUAGUUUAAGUUAG